AGUAUCAUUGCCUUGUCCCCACUUCCACGGAGCCAUUAAGAUCCUGCCACCUGUCCCUUUUUCCAAAACCCCUCCAUCUUUGAGGUCUAUUGUAUUCUAUUCUUUGAGCUCAUAUUCAAUCUCUGGCCCCAAAGAGCCCUCGAUGCUUCAAUUGACUAAAGUUCUGUUUUUUUAAGUUAUUUGACAGCUUCCUUGUGAUUCUUGUCUUGUAAUGUAGUUACCCUUUCUUUUUUUUCUUUAUUUGAAUAGGAAAAUUUAUAGCAGUAAAAAAGCUAGAUCUGAAAAUGGGGUUUUCCCCCUUUUAUUCAAGUUUUGGUUGGUCAAACCACCUCUAGGAAGAAGAUGUCUCAGCUUCUUCAAUUUGAAGUUUGAACACAUUUUUCCUCAUCUAGUUUGAAGUUGUAUAUUGUUUCUUCUUUUACCCAGAUCGGAUUCUUGAGAUUGAUUGAGUAUGCUAACUGUUGAUUGAAGCAACUCGUUGGUUUUUGUGUUAAUUUUUGGAGCUACUGAGUUUUCAUCAAUGGUGGAUAAUUUUGAGAUGAGCCCAGUUGGGGCAUUUCGAAUUUGGUAGAAGGGUUUCUUCAUCUGUUUGAUUUUGAAGCCGUAGAAGGGUUUUCCCCCCUUUCUUUCUAGGAACUGGGUGCUGAAAUCAUUUGUUGUCUCAGAACUGUUUCGUUAGUUUGAUUUUAAUAGUUCAGGAAAGUCUGAUUAUACGUUUGCCUGUUCAACUCUAGCCUAGACUGAUGGUGGAGGAAGAGAAGCUUAAAGUCUCUGUUGAAGAUUUGGAAGAAGAUGAUCCCCAGAAAGAGUCUGGUGUCUCUAUUGGGAGGGCCCUUUAUUGGUUCAAAUUACUUGUUUCUGAAAUGCAUUGGAGUUUUGUGUUUGGAGUAGUGAUUGUUUAUGGAAUUAGUCAAGGCUUGGGUGGAGCGCUUAACCGUGUCUCCACUAAGUACUAUAUGAAGGAUGUUCAGAAAGUGCAGCCAUCUGAAGCACAGGUUUAUUCAGGCAUUACCUCAAUUCCAUGGAUGGUUAAGCCUGUCUGGGGUCUUUUAACUGAUUUAGUCCCCAUUCUUGGAUACCAUAGACGGCCUUACUUUGUUUUUGCAGGUCUUCUUGGUGUGAUCUCCUUGCUUUCAUUAGCCUUGCACGAGAAACUGCAUCUUCUACUCGCAAUUUUGUUGUUAACAGCAGGAAGUGCCAGUGUAGCCAUAGCAGAUGUCACCAUAGAUGCAUGUGUAGCACAGAACAGUAACAUUCAUCCAACCCUUGCAGCUGAUUUGCAAAGCUUAUGCGCCUUGAGUUCUUCGGUCGGAGCAUUACUUGGAUUCUCUAUUAGCGGUAUCCUUGUUCAUCUGAUAGGCUCUAAGGGAGUGUAUGGUUUGUUAGCAAUACCUGGAGGGCUUGUAUUUUUGGUUGGAAUUCUACUUAAUGAACCCCAUAUGCCAGACUUCAAUUACAGACAGGUAAACGAAAAGUUUGUCGGCGCUGGGAAGGCUAUGUGGACCACGUUAAAGAUCCCGAAUGUCUGGAGGCCAUGCCUAUAUAUGUAUCUAUCUCUUGCAUUGUGCCUCGACAUAAAUGAAGGCCUGUUUUAUUGGUACACAGACUCAAAAAAUGGUCCAAAGUUCUCUCAGGAAAAUGUUGGUUUCAUAUUCUCAAUUGGUUCAGUUGGGUCCCUUUUAGGAGCUUUACUGUAUCAGUAUGUCUUCAAGGACCAUCAGUUCCGAGACUUGCUUUUCUGGACUCAAUUGAUAUUCAGUUUAUCUGGGAUGCUAGAUUUCUUGCUGGUUUUGCGUUUGAACUUGAAAUUUGGAAUACCAGAUUACUUCUUCAUUGUGAUUGAUGAGAGUGUACAUCAGCUUGUUAACAGGCUAAAAUGGAUGCCUCUUCUAGUCCUCAGCUCCAAGCUUUGCCCAAGAGGCAUUGAGGGCACUUUCUUUGCUCUGCUUAUGUCGAUAGAUAACGUUGGACUUCUCUCAGCAUCAUGGGGAGGCGGUUUCCUUCUCCAUAUCCUUAAAGUUACUCGAACAAAGUUCGCUAAUUUAUGGCUAGCCAUUUUGAUUAGGAACUUACUGAGACUCAUUCCUCUCUUCAUGUUGUUUUUGGUGCCCAGAGGUGAUCCGAAUUCUUCAAUUCUUCUAACCGAGCUGCCAAGCUCAGAAGUCGAUAACGAGACUUCUGAAGAAGCCGACAACAUUGAACUGGUUUCCCUUGUGAAUGGCAUGAACAUAGAUAACCAGAAAGAAGUUUUCUGAUACUGAGGCUAAAAUGGGGUGAAGCUGUUUGUAGAUAUGAUAUGAAGCAAGCAGGCAAGCAAACAGGAGGUAGAUUUAAAGUAAGAAUAUCUAUUUAUAUGCUGAAUGCCCCUUGCAUUUUCCCACUUCUGUUGCAUCAAAAUUUUGUAAACUUUUAAAUUACAGAAUGUAUUAAUGCUUCACAAGUAAGAUUCAAAGAUGAGAAAGUACUCAAAUUCUUGGAUUAUUUUCUUACAUAACAAUGAAAUAUCAACUUAUUCUUCUUCUUCUCCUUCUCA